UCAUCGCUGUCCCAUCUCCACCUUCAUUUUCAUCCCCAUUUUUGUUUUUCAUGUCGCUUUCUUGAAGCUUUACUCUCUUCCAUAUUACAUUUGAUCCAUCUUGUGGGCUGAGGUAUCAUCUUUGUUAUUAAUUCGGGGGGGAUACGCUUUGUAGAGGUUCUAGAUAUCCGCAUACCGUAACCAGUGGGCACGAAAACCUUCUGUCUCGUCCCUCUUUCCCUGACCGGGAUCGCAUCCUUCACCCUCGCCAUCCUCACCAUCUUGAUUCAUUUCGGGGGUGAAUAGGGUAGUCACCCACCUGCAACAAAGGGUUGGCUGUUGGGUCAUCUCAGCAUUGCCUUGCCGACGGUUCGUCGUUUGAUAGCUUAGGGUUACAAUGGCCACGCAGGGCCCUUAUUCCCCUUCGCCAGGAGGUCAUGUAAACGGUGGCAGCAGUGGUGGUCCUCGGGGUGGAGGUGCUCUCUCCUAUCCCCAGCUAACUCCUCAGGCCCAGUUACUGCAGCAACAACAGCAGCAACAACAACAACUGCAGAAACAGCAGCUGGAUCAUUCUAGGAGGCUUACGGAAUCCUUGAAUUCUCUAACCUUGUCCACGUCCCUAUCAUCGCCACCCGUGAUUGGGAGAACAACCCAUUCACCAUCCCCGCUCUCCCGUCGGGCUAGCAUCGAUUUCCGCUACGGUCCUUCACCCACCCCUUCAUCUCAGGGAUCCGACUCCCCCCGACGCAUCAUUACCCGUUCACCAUCCACUCCUACACUGAAGACGCGGCCUUCCAUCUCUUCCAUGUCCCGCACUUCCUCCCCCAUUCCUGGAAGACCUAGUCCGCUUGCGAGAAAGUCUAGUCUGCUUUCUAUGAGAUCUCCCUCCGCGCCCGAGCCUAUCUUGGAGAACGAACCGGUGAAGCGGGUUCUCCCUCCGCAGGAUAUGUCGGCUCCUACUGUUGUCAUCUUCCAUGAUACUAGCUAUCGGCAUAGGUAUUCUAGGCCCAACACCUCGCUUCAGGAUCUCUCCACUAUCGUUGAGAGACCGGAGCGCAUACCGGCGGCAACCUUGGGUGUUGCUUGCGCCCAGACCCGUGUUGGGAGGAAUAGGCUAUCAAUCCGUAAAUCGGAGCGGAUGGGUAGUUUGUUGGAUCCGGAGGUUAUGUUGGUUCAUUGCCACGCCGCUACUGUCAAAGGUGCCAAGUCAUCAUGGCCCGAAGACCUUGCUGCCAUGUGUGGAUCCGCCGCUGAGAAGCUUAAAAAGGGCGAAUGCGAGGUUCCCAAGAACUAUCACCAAGGCGAUCUUUACCUGUGCGAGGAGAGUAGGGGAGAUCUGGAGGGGUGUCUGGGUGCCCUCUAUGACGGGGUUGACUUGGUGUUUGGGGGGGACCGGCGGAGUGGUACUAUUAGCGAAGAUGGCCAGGAGAGUGGGGGUGUUCGAAGAGCUUUUGUCUGUAUCCGGCCACCUGGUACGCUUGAUUUCCGUCCGGAGCUGGGUAGAUACUAACCACUAGGGGGUAGGUCACCACUGCUCUGAAACACUGCCUUCAGGGUUCUGCUGGUUGAAUAAUGUUCAUAUUGCGGUUGCUCGUGCUGCCCGAGCUCACGGGCUGUCGCAUGCCGUCAUCUUGGAUUUUGAUCUUCACCAUGGGGAUGGCUCCCAGGCCAUUACAUGGACGUUGAAUGAACUGGCGGGAUCAACACACAAUCCAUCCAAAAGAACUUCCGGUAUACAAGUCCCAAAUAUUGGCUACUUUUCGCUUCACGAUAUCAACUCUUAUCCAUGCGAGUACGGUGACAUCGAUAAGAUCAAAAAUGCCAGUCUGAAUUUGAAUGCGCACGGGCAAUGUAUCCAGAACGUCCACUUGGCCUCAUACUCGACGGAAGAGGAAUUCUGGACCUUAUAUAAAGAGAAGUACUCUGGCCUGAUCACAAAAGCUCGGGAGUUUCUCUCUGCCGCGGCGGUUUCGAAACCGAAAAAGAAUAGGGAUUUCAAAGCCGGAGUAUUCUUGUCGGCCGGCUUUGAUGCGAGCGAACACGAGGGGGCUGGUAUGCAGCGUCAUGCAGUGAAUGUACCCACAAGCUUCUUUGCCAGGUUCACAUCGGAUGCCGUGGCAUUGGCGGAGGAAUACUGUCAUGGGAGGGUUUUGAGUGUCCUUGAAGGUGGCUACUCUGAUAGAGCGCUAACUACCGGUGUGCUUGCCCACAUGGCGGGCCUAGCAUGCCCUCCCCCCGAAACCGCUAGCACGUACGUAUCGCCGUCUAUUGGUCUGACUCUGUUGCACACGCCUGUGGGAAGCUCCGGACUGGAUCGAGGCUGGGAUGCGGAAUGGUGGGGAAUGGAAAGGAUACUGGAAUUGGAGGGACAUUUUACCAAAAUGACAGCCAAGAAACCCACAGUCGAGAGGACCUCUACCUCAUACCUCUCACCAACCGCCGCGUCUGUUGCUAAAAAGAAUGAUGUUCCCCGUCGUGCCAUGAGCAAUGGCUAUCUUGAUGGCAAUACUCACAAUGGGCCGCCACCACCACCCCCGGUUAUUCCUUGGGAGGUCGCUGCUUUUGAUUUGAGUCGCAUGAUUAUUCCUGAGUAUCAGGAGUCGGUGGAGAUACCACCUAUUGAAAAAGCUGCUAAACGAUCCGGGAGACAUUCAGUAAUCGGUGUCGUGAAUCCCGACAGCACGAGGAUGACACUAAGGGACCGAAAACCGAAGCCAGCUCCGGAUACAAGCCCUGAUGUUGAUAGAGGCCGUCGUAGGAGGACGACCACUGGUAUAAUGCUGGACAGCGCUGCCACCAGUCGGGCGCCAUCUAGAGCUGUUUCGAGAGCCCCGUCCAGGGCUCCAUCAAGGGCACCUUCAAGAGCACCCUCAAGAGUGCAGACAGUGGGCGCUCCCAGUAGAGGAGUUACACCGAUUCCCCCUAGCAGAGGUACAACGCCUGCUUCUGGUGGCAGUAGCAAACAGAUUGGGUCAACGUCGGGCGGUGGGGUUACUGUUGCGGGACCGCGAAAUGUAGUUGGCAAGAAGCCCUCGGUCAUCGGGACUGACCUUACUAGGAGAGUAGUGGAUCAACACCCAGCCGCAGCGAUCCAGAAGGCGAGCUCCACUGUUAGCAGCGCGAGUAGUCUCGCCUCCUCCCCUACGGGUUCUCAGGAGCCCACCAAACCUCUUAGUGAUGACGGCGUCGAUUCUCUCACGAAGGGAAUGUUGAAAGUUAAGCUCACUUACAAGAAUCGGGAUAAGGAUAGGGCCGAACAGCUUAGAAUCUUGGAGCAGGAAAAAGAGCGGGCAGAGCGAGCAUUGGAAACGGAAAAACGGAGACUCGCGGCUAAUAACGCGCUCAAAAGUAAAGAUGGUGGUGUUGGUCGAAUGAAGGAGGCGUUCGAGAGGAACCGCACCGGCAACCCGGCUGCCGGGAGGCAUGCAGAGAAGGAAACUAAAAUGGUGGACAAUGUGGAGGUUCCUGUUGCCAGUCCCCCUAUGGAUCAAACAUUUCAUGGCGGUGAUAUCAAAUUUGCAGAUCCGUGGCAGGGGAAAUGACUGCCGCUGCCUUGUAGAGGACUGUCGUUUCCUCUGGGUCUCAUUUGUUUGGCCUACCCUCCCCCUCGCUUUUUUUUUGUUAUCACCGGUUUCCUUUUCGGUAAUGCUUGUUUCAUGUAUGUUUUGAUUCGUUCCUACUCUUAAAAUGCCUGAAUUUCUCUGGCUGGGUCGUAGUGUGGUUAUUCUAAAGUGAUACAGUAGGGGGUGUACUGGGGUUGGUCUGCUAGGGGGGGGGGGUUCUGUACUAGUUUAUUGCCUAUCGUGUUCCGGAAGUAGCCAUUCUUUUCAGGGUCAAACACUCCCGAAUCGAAGUUUUCGAGUAUAAAACUUGUUUCUCACCUUUCUAUCUCGUUCCCUUUGCUCUCUUUCCAGAACCGCCAGGGCGUCCUAAGUGUGGCGUUUUCGUUCUUUUUCUUUCACCUGUUGAUCAUUUUCGGGCUAUUUUACUUUGUAUAACUGGUCAAUUGCCGGAGCUGGAUAUUCGGACUUUUACGGACUGGGAAUUGGGAUUGUGGGGGAUGGCCGUUCUGUGUUGAUUCAGAGUUUGUAUGGUUGUCUACUGGUAGUGGGGAUAGCUUGGAGGGUUUCGUAUCUUGGGAAUCUAAUUGGAUGGAGGGGUUGUAAAUGUUC